CCAUAUUUCAUGUUGCCCAGCGGCAGUUUUUGCUACUGCGCGCUCAUAAAUCAUUUUUGAUAGGCUUAAUUAUGAAUCGACAAAUCCGCUGUGGAUAUAGUCCACAACGGAUGUCCGAUUUCAAUUUUUGCCGGACUCAAGUGCUUGACCUAUUUUAUCUGUUCCAAAAUUUUAAACAUGAACAUCAAUUUUGCUUCAAAUUAUUGGAUAUUCAGUUUCGGAAUUACAUGUCAUUAUUUAUUGUUUAUUCCUAGUUUAGACCGCGUCCAGUUGCUCAGCCCUUUUCCGGCAACGCCGUGAUGUUACCAUUAUUUUUCAUGGCAAUACAUUAAGUUCUGAAGCCCGGUUCUGAAGAAAGCUAUAGAUCUGACGAAUUUUCAGCUAUCAAAAUUAAAACAUCAACAAGUUGUUUCGCUACGCGUGUGUGCAAUCCAUCCGAGCUUUCCGCAUUUGUAGCUGAUUCGUGGUGACUGUUAUUGAGGAUAUUAAUCGUGGAACGCCUACAUUCUAUUGGUCUUUAUCGCCAUUUUAUGGUAGCGCCCCUUGUGUCGUCUGCAACACCGAGUUUGAAAUUUAUCUGCAUAAAUUCUCGAUACGCCGACCUUGACCCGCUGUUAGGCGCAUAAGAUGAUUACAAGCAUCUCAAUGGUGAUGCUGGCGUUGUUAUUCUUCUGUAAGCUAGUUUAGCCUUAGCGACCGGUUAGCUAGCGGUUACAUAAUGUAGCUAUAGCAUGUCGACUGUGGGGGUUAAGCCCAAAGUCGGAUCCCGUCGGAUUAGUUCAACACGACCGAGGUAUCACCCGUCCAGUGCGAAAUCGCCAAACAGAGGGCCCGGCUUCAAAUUAAACUUCGUGGAUUUUGUGCCAAAAUGUAUCGAACCGGAAGGUUUAUUCACUAGUCCAAAAUACGAGCGAUUCGACAUGGCGACUGUGGGGGUUAAAGUCAAAGUUGGAUCGCGUCGGAUUAGCUCCACCAGAGUGAGAUACCGCCCGCCCAAAGAGAAACAAUCUAACAAAGGCCCCGGCUACAAAUUGAACUUUGUGGAUUUUGUACCAAAAUGUGUUGAACCAGAAGGCUUAUUCAAUAGUCCAAAAUACGAGAGAUUUGAUAUUCUUGUAGAAAGAGCUAAUCAAUGGCUAUCGGAGCAUACAAAUGUUCAAGUCAAAACUUGUGAGACUAUCGAAGUCAAGUCCAAACAAACAUGUCACCACGUCGAUUCGAACAAAUCCACCUAUUACGAACAGCCAGGAAGACAGAGAACCCAGUUUGUCAGGGCCUUAAGAUUAUGGGUCGGUCCGCACUUUGGCCCUCCAGAAACACACCGGAUCCGCUACUUCAAUGCUAUGCCUUACAUGACCGAUGAUGACGUCCUCGAGAAACCUAUAUUUGAAUCAUUUCGACAGACGAUAGAACGUGUAAAUGAUAUUUUGAGAAAAAAUCCGUUGCAUGGUAAAAUAGUGACAGUAGAAACACAAGAGAUGAAAUACAAAGAGUUUAGUAACGGUUUAGACCCCGACAAGAGCUAUUCUGCCGAGGGGAACAAGUGCGUGGAAUAUUUCCUGGUGUGUAUCAGGAUAUUCUACGUGAGUGGUGCUCCAACGUAUGAGGAAAUAGGUUGUGCAGAUUUUGUGCCACAAUACCUUGAGUCGGGCUAUGAAACAUUCCAAUCAGUGUUAAAUAGAGCUAGCCUGUGGCUUCGACAGCAACAUUCGAUACGACUCACCAAUAUUCAAUCAAUGAAUUAUAAGGCUAAAAGUGGCGAGCCACUUGAUACCCAGAGAUCUUUCUAUUCAUUUAACGCUGGAAAUGGUUGGGGAAAAGGGACCAAGUAUUUGCGAAUACUUCGUGUCUGUUACACGAAGCCUUCAGCGUUAGAAGUAGUUAUUAAUCGCCCACACCCGGUUAUCACGUAUAAGACUUUCUUUCCGGCCCAAAUUACGAAAUCGGGACCCUUUUCGCCACCGAAGUUUGAAACUCAACAGGAAUGUAUGCACAGGAUCCAAACAUGGUUAAGUUUAACAGAUGUUGACGUCAUUUCCGCAGAAACCUUAGCCGUGCGAAUGUUGUCCGGUGGCCAGUACGGCAACGAUGAACAAAUGUUCACCUGGGACACGGGGACGGAUGAGACCUGGCUUUUUGUACUGCGUGUCUACCUAAGUGGUUACUAUAUCGAACCGUCACCCUCCGACCUGCCCGCACUACCCGUUCCAAAACACGAACAAGAAGAAUGCUGUACCAUAGUUUGACGUUCAUGUGAUGUAGAGGGUGUCUCCGAAAAAAAGGUGACCCUGAGAUAACCGGUUCAUAGAACAAAGUUAUAAAUUUCAUAAAAUCGUGAUGGUCGUAUUGAAAAGAAGGAGUUAUCAGCUGCAGAAAUUGUGGUUUGCUCUCUUCUAGGAAUCUUUUUCUGAGACACCCUGUAGAGAUUGCCAUUUGCGUUAAAUGUCCCUGUGCUUACUAAUACUUGGAUAGAUUCAACUGUAGUCUGCAUGUACCACUUACAUGUAAUGUUGAUGAAUGUCAGUAGACUGGUUUAAUCCGGCCCAUGAUGAACUGAUUGUAGUCCCGAGACCAGUUCUAGAAAAGAGGUGGACCAUCAUCAGUAUUCGUAAAACCAACGUGUCCAAUGUGGAAUUCAAGAAUUAUGUAAUGGCAAUUUAUUACAUAUUGGCUCCAGUUGGGGAGAGGUCCGGGGUCACCUAAAGUGUAGGUCAUUUCCUUUUGGCCAAUCAGGGUACUUGAGAAACAAUCGACCGGGGUUCGUGGAUAGAUUGAAACCUUGGGCAUCCACCGAUUUAAACUCUUUAUUUAUAUUUGGUAUGUUUUUUAGAUAUGUUUUUUUUUUGCUUUCAAGGUUGAACGAUCUUUUGAUAUAGUUUGUCGUUAUCCGCCUGACAAAAACGGCUGCUGUUUUUUGGAAUCAUCUAGAUGUGAUUACAAUGUAGUUUACCUGAACAUAUCGAAGCGCACAUAUUUUGGGAAGAUUUUUUUAUCCAGUUCUCAGGUAAUCUUUCAGUGUCGCUUGCAUCAAAGAAGACAAUAAUCAAACCUAAUUUCUCUUGCGCAAUUUCCAAAGGAGAAGCUGUGCGAAUUGAUUAUUUCAUCGGAAGUGUGCUUUUCUCAUCUUGUAGAUGACUGAAUUACCAUUGUCGAUGAUGACUGAAUUACCACAGUCGAUGAGUGAUGAGACUUCACUUCAAAGAACAGUCACCUAAUGAGAUUCUGAAAAAAGUAACAGAAUGAAUCUAAUUGCUGGGUCUCCGCUGUGUUUGCCUGUCCCUGGUGUGAUCAGGUGACAGACAUGUCAGAAUUAGGUGCCGGACCCAGUGGUGUAUCAUUCAGCUGUACUUCCUUUAUAUCUCACGAUCUAACCAGGGUGACUCCCUGCUAAAUUAAUGUCACUCUCACUGCCAAGAUUCUCCGUGUUUACGUGACGAUUUCGGGUUGCUGCUAGAUUCAAACAUCACUCGCAGUUGAACUCUGAUUGUAAGAUUUGUUAUAUUUACAUGUACCUUGCUCCGUGGAUUGCUGCUCAAUUCAAAUAUCACUCGCAGUUGUUGAACACUGAUUGUAAGAAAGCACGUUUGAUUAUAAUUCUGGCGUCUCUUGAUGCGAAAUUGAAAAAAAUCUGAGAACGUAUUAUUAUUAAUAUAUACUCUCAGUGAAUUUAGAUGUUCAUGCUAGAAAAUGUGUAAUGUUUUUGAUUGCUUGUCCAAAGUGAGUGAAGUUGAGCAUCUUUAUUUCAAGUUAUUCGUAAAAUCUUCUCCUUCAGAAUGGUUUCUAUGCAAUUGGUGCAGUGGUGAUGUACAGUGCUAGUGCAGUAGAUUUUCAGUGAUUAUAAGGUUUUCAGUCAAGUCUUUUCUCCUUUUGUUUUGAUGAAUUUUAUUUUCUAUUUCCUCUGUCGUGCUGGUGACUCAAGUCUGGUGAUGUCUGGUUAACAUUUUAUUGGGAAUUUUUUCUUGUUUUAGUGAAUUUUUUAAAAUCUUCUUAAAACAUGUUGCGCGACGUGUGUAUGAUAGUAACCGGAAUGAAUAAUGUGUUAUGUAUCCUUCACCAUAUCAUAGUUUCCAAUAACGUAUGGACAUGUACAUUUGCACCUUGUUACUUGUCACUGACAAUCUAUUGUGUUAUGUUUCCUGUGUUGACCAUGUAAACUUUGUAGACAGUAAUUGACCUCAACAAAAAGACAACGAGUGAAAGAGGCUAUAGUCACAACGAAUCAAUGGCAUACAGUUCAAGUGCAUCCCAUGAUACCAACACCUUUUGGAUAUAAAGUAUCCUAUUAUUGAUAUUACAUGUUCCCUGCUGGUUAUCUAAAUGUUUUGUGACCAAACCAGUGGUUUUAAUGGAAA